AUGAUAAAACUUAAGACAAAAGUACUAGAAGAGACGCCCGAUCAUAGCAAAUAUUUAUACAAUCUAUCAGGCGAUAAAGAUAACAACUGAUCGAAAGUUCAUAAAUUAGAUGUAGAAACAAUGGUUGAAGAAAUAAAGGGUGUUGCUUUUCCCAGACAUUUUGAACUUCAUCAUCAUAUUAUUCUUAGGCUGCCAAAAGAUGAAUUGCUAAUUUUUAACGAUCAAGACGAUUCUGUUGCUUAUAUUCUUAAUUGCUUAACAUCAAAAACGCGAAAAAUUUGAAACUUAUAUAAUAAUAGAUAUGAUUUUCCAGACUAUGAGCAAGUGAUUGGUGCUGUUUAUUGGGAUAAUUCAAUUUAUAUGUUUUAUAACGAUUAUGGACUCAAAAACUGUCCAAUUCUAUCAAGAUAUGAUUUAUCUACAGGUAAAAACAUUUUCUUAGCUAAUUUUCCAAUUCCUGUUGAUGAUAUGUUCUGUCAUAAUGUUUGCUUCGAAGAAAAAUUAAUUUUAGCAUUUGCCUGUACCAGUCUUUUUAUAUGAUUUCUACUCAAAUAG